AUGAGUCUCACCGUAAUCUUUCAAAAAGAGCUAUUUAGUGUUGUAGGCACAUCUCUUGGCAGCGUGCUGGAGUUUUUCUCAACCAUGAGGAACAGGCCGGCUUCCGAUGCUGUUGCUCUACUUAGUAUCAACUGGUUCAUUCUGGGUACUCUCUCUUCUCGGACGUUGCCUGUCAUUGCUCAUAUGCUUGCACCGUCAGCCAUCAGGAUUGCUGUUCAGCUGCCACCCCGAAUUCCCAGCAUCCGACGGUUGUGCGUGGGCCGGAGAGCCAUAAAAUUACAAGAUCACCAGAACGACAUUUUACCUUCCUCCGAUCGACGCCACCAUCCAACCGGGCGCCGUCUGCAGGUAUUUAAAGAUAUAUUUUUUCCAGUAUCUUUGUUGGCAUCAGACUUGGGGAUUCCAGGAAUUUAUCUUGUGCAUGAUUUUAUCACUGUGGAGGAAGAAAAGAGACUCCUUGCAGAAGUUGACAAUAGGCAGUGGAGAAGUCUGUCGAAAAAAAGAGUUCAGCAUUAUGGUUAUGAAUUUUUGUAUGAGGUUAAUGAAUAUCCAUGUGUGGUAGGCUUAUCCCCACACAUAGACACUCAUUCGGCAUUUGAUGAACUCAUCUUCAGCCCUUCAACAGCUGGCCCAUGCAUUAUGGAAUUUAGGAGAUAUCCUGAAGGGACUUGGUGCCAUCCAACUGCAUCUGUUAAUGAAAUACAUGAAGACACCCCGCUUUUAUCCUCAUAUAUUACUAGAAAAGCUAUUUUUCUUCCUCCUCGUUCUAUGAUCUUGAUGUCUGGGGAAGGGCGUUAUGCUUGGCAUCAUUAUAUUCCACAUCGCAAGGUAAAUAAUUUUUUGCAGGUUGAUAGAGUAGGGGAAAAGGCAAUCGGAAGAAGUUCACGUAGGGUUUCUUUCACUUUCCGUAAGGUUAGGAAAGGACCAUGCUGCUGUCCAUACAAGCAGUACUGUGACUCUCAACUGGAAUGUAGAAAUCAGCAGGUAAAACAAAACAUAGUCAAAUAAUCUCUACCAUUGAAACAAGAAGCAUUUUGUCCAACAGACACUGACCGAAUAUAAAGGUUUCUAACCAUGAUUAUCCUGUGACAACCUGUGUGUAGUUUUUUUUGUCUGGAGCUGAGAUGGCUGAUAAUGAAUAUUCAGAGAUUUUGUUUUCAAUUUUUCCUUUAGCUGCUUUUGUGUAUCCAGGAGAAACUCUUGCAGAAUUAUUUUGGCACAAUAUGAUUGUUGUGUCAUGUGUUUUGGUUUCUUUCUUCUCCUAUCUUUGAAACAUUUUAGUUCAAGGAGACACAUUUUACUGGAUUUUCUUGA